GAUGCUGUGAGGUUUAUUUAGAGGUUUCUAACCUCACACCCUGAGCUCCAUCAGUAUUUUAGAAAGAGAACAAUGGUGUCUGUAGGUUAUCCGGUCGCUCUGGUUCUGCUGAUUUCACUCACCAUUGACGUCACAGAUGCCAUUAGAACUCUAAAGGAAGGUCCGAUGAUUGACGCUGAGGGACGGGAGUACAAGUCUGUGUCUCCAGUGGACAACAGCAGACCUAAAACCAGAGAGAAGCCGACGAUCCGUGUGCACUGCACCGAGGUGUCCAUGAUCGUCUUCAUCCAGGCUGACUUCUACAGGACAGGCCGUCUGGCUUCACCAGGAGAACUGUAUCUUGGAGAUCCCAAGUCCUCCCAGAGCGGCCGGUGCUACGCUGUUCCUGCUGGUGAUGGUGUGUACGUCAUCGAAGCAGACUUGCACGACUGUGGCUCGAAAUUAACUGUCUCAGAUGAUGAUGUCAUCUACUCAAACAACCUGAUCUUCUCACCAGCUGUUGGCCAUCAUGGAAUCACAAGAGUGAUGGAAGCUGUUGUCCCAGUUUCCUGCCACUAUAAAGGGAAACACACGGUGAGCAGCAUAACUCAGCAGAAGCAGCCACUAGCUUUCUCUGCUUCUGAGAAUUUUCCAGCAGGAGGAUCUCCUUUCUCUCUGAAGCUGAUGACUGAUGACUGGUCAGGCGAGAUGCUUUCCAACACCUUCUACCUUGGUGACCCCCUGCACCUGAAGGCAUCGUACUCUGGUCCAGAUUCAAGACAGAUCUUUGUGGAUAGUUGUGUUGCCACAGUAAUGCCUGAUGCUAGAUCUGUGCCAAGAUACUUUUUUAUUGAGAAUAACGGGUGCUUUGCUGAUGCAAAAGACGGAGGAGUAAAUUCACUCUUCCUACCGAGAUCCAGCCCUGACUCCCUUCUGUUCCAGCUCAACGCCUUCCUGUUUCAUAAAGAACUAAGGACAACCAUUUAUCUAACUUGCAAACUGAAAGCGUCACCUGAGCUGAAGAGCAGCCCUGUUGACAAGGCCUGCAAUUACAUUCAAAACAGGUGGACGAGUGUGGACGGGAACGAUGGCGUGUGUUGGUGUUGUAACAGAGUCUGUCGUAAUAAAGCAUCUAAAGAUGACCUAAUCUGUGACACUUUGACCCUUGGCCCUUUGGUCAUUUUUCCCAGGAAUUGAACAAUCCAGAUUUCAAACUCUCAGCGCCUUGUUGAACCUGGUUUAAAAGUCAUUGUUUCAAAGGCUUUUACUGAAGAGGUGUCUUUAACAAUAAAAUUUAGAAACAAU